AUGCGAGUCUGCUGGGCCUUGUUCUUAGCAGUAGCGUCAAUCGCGACCUGCGUCAACGCGACAGCGGAUAGUAUCGCUCGAAGCCACGUCAAGACGCUGAAGACUCCCUCCACAACAUCAACGGAUCUCCAUCAAGAUUCUGUCAACUAUAAGCGCUUUCUUAGGUCCGACAAGGCCAACGUCGAAGAUGAGGAGGAUCGGUUGUACACGCUAAUCAAGGCGAGGUUUGGUCCAUACGUCGACUACCUCAAAACGAUCUACAAGGUGAAAGCCAACCAACAAAUCGCGAAUGCGGCCGCGCGAAUUGAGCAUAAGCCCCCCCGUUCGAUCAGGUAG